AUGGAAGCAGCAGAGGAAACUCUCACUUACCGAGAUGACACCUUACUUCACAGGAAGCUGCUCCCAGAAGACAAGCAUAAGAACAUCACGGACAGCAAGGCCCACGCCACGGAGAAAAACAGUGAGGAGUCCAACUAUGUGGACCUGGACAUGAGACCGGACGGGGCGAAAACAGUGAAAGUGACUUUCACUGGCGAGGGAAACCAGCUGUCAGUUAUCAAGUGUUACAAUUCAAAGCAAGGGGGGCACGACGAUGAGGGUGAAAUUAUUUCAGAGGACUUUGUUGGAGAGAAGUUAGACGACAGCCUCGUCCCGGAGCCUGUUUUUGGUGAGCUGCCUUUGGAAACCACACUUCCCAACACCGAUCAGGAGAAUGAGGAUCGACGCCAAGCCGAGCUCGAACCGAGUGAGUGCGGUGAACAUGUGUGCAGUGAGAGCGACGAGCUCCAAUACACCGACAUGUAUCUGAACAGCAAGACGGAGUCUGAUGAUGGCACCAGCGCGGGGCUCUCGGACCAGUGCUGCUCCGACGCCGUGGAGGACGAGUCCCACUAUAUAACGACUCACGAAAUCCAGUUGACCGAGCUCGACCACGACGUAGAUUACGACCUAGGCCGAGGGACAUGUUGGGAUUUGGAAGACGACAAUCUUGUCUAUUCUUUUGUGGAUUAUGCGUCUUUUGAAAGCGAUGAAUCACAGGAGGGGAUUUUGAUACUGGAGGACAGGGGCCAUCCCAAAGUGCAGUCUAAUCUUGGUGAAGCAGUUGUCAGCACCGAACAGGAUGAUAGUGAACUUUGUGACUCGGAUAAAUGUGCCAGCUCAGAUGAAAGCGUGUUCAAAAACCACAGUGGAGACGCCAGAACGGGGAAAAUUCAUUUAUCAAUCAAAACUUCCUCCAGGGCGGUUCACGAACCUGUCUUUGACAACACGAAACACUUCAGAGACGGGAGCAACCUUUCUUUGGUGAACUGUGGCGGUAGAGUGGGGCCCUUCAUCCCUGCUCCGGGCCGUCAGCACCUUGCUUCCAAACUGAGACGGAAAGAUAUUAAUGAGUACUCCAGCGGAGCGUCCAGUUCCAUCAGCGAGCUGGACGACGCUGACAAAGAGGUGCGUAAUUUAACCGCCAAGUCUUUCCGGAGCUUGGCAUGUCCGUACUUUGACGCCAUUAAUCUUAGCACCUCGAGUGAGUCUUCUAUGUCGGAAUAUGGGCUAAAUAAGUGGUCAGCUUAUGUGGACUGGAAUUAUGGAAAUGUAUCACGGGGACGAGAGAGGAGCGUAAUUGCGCACAAAACUUCCAGCUCAACUUUGGAAAUGAAUAACACUGUGGACAGUAAGAGGCACGGUAAGUCUUUUACCGGCAUGAAAGCUCAACAAACCAAUGUGUAUGCGCUGAAGAAGAGAACAGCUUCUGAACAAUCGUCCUCUUCUAGUAAAAAUAUCAAGCUAAACAAUCCUGUUCAACGAAAGCAGCGUGGAGUCAUGCUGAAUUUCCGCUGCAAUAUGGAAGCACCUGAAGACACCAGACGGCCCAAAUGCUCAAAAAAAACCCAAUCCAAUGAGGUUACUGGGACUGUGCUUGCCAGUUCAGGGUGUGAGAUAAAAUAUCAUCACACAGAAAGCAUGAAUGAUACACACAAAAGAGCAGUUUUUGCAUCAAGUCUAUUGACCAAUGUGCUUUCUAAAAAGAUGCAGUUUGAACAGGAGUGCAAAAUGGAGAGGGGUGAACUUCGUGGCAAUCACCCAGCUCUCUCGCCGAGUUUUCAAAUCAAAGAUCAGGACAGAAUGAAAGACAGAAGUCAAGCGAGAUGUUUUCAAAGGCAUGCAUCAGAUUCAGGCUCAGACUUCACUGUUACUUCUGCUGAUGAUCAGAGCCUGGAUGGCAGCAGACCUUGCUCCUGUGAGCCUGUAGAGAAAUGCUACAAACCCCCAGAUGAUUCACAAAAGAGACAUCAGGGGCCUGUAAAAGCAUUGCUCGGCCACAGUGAAAGUAGUGCAUUUAAUCUACUAAGAGAUGAGACAGAACUUGUAAAUGUGGCUGAACCCACACCUAUGACUGACCCCAAAAAAGGACAAGACACCAGCAGCAUGCUAACAAAACUCCUUUUUGUUCCAAACUGCCAGCUCCUUUCAAAAGAGAAGGAUUGUACAGAGAAUUCGUCAAGCCGUGCACCUGUCAUAGACCCAUUGGCUGGCCAACAGAAAUGUGAGGAGUUUAUAACAGACAAUAGUGGAAACGGCAAAGAAGACAAUAUAAAGGGAGGGAAAACCCCUGAGAUAAAAAUAUGCCUGAGGAGUGUGAAAGAAAAUAAAGGCUGUACACUGAACAUUGCCAACCUGUUAACCCCAAAAAUAAGUUUCAACACUGUGAACACAUUUAGGGCAGCAGAUGAGGCCAAAGGCCACGUUUUGUCUGCUUCGGAUAAAAUCCCCAACUUUACCGUGAGAGACAUAAGAGACACCAAAUGUAAGUUUCAAACCCCCAUAUAUCAGGUCAGAGAUGUCCGUAAAUUGGUUAAAAGUUCAUAUCGAUUUGUUUCAUUAGAUAAUAUUGAGAAUAAAUGUUCCACAGCAGCUGAUAAACCUGAGGCCACAAAGGAGCCGGUUAAGCAUGUGUUACCAGCUCCUAUUGUGAUUAAAUGUCAAUCAGUAAAAACAAAUGUCAAACAACCAGCAGCAGAGGAGAAUACACCAUCACAUUGCACAGCCAGUAGGGCUCCACCUGUUGUAUCAAAGCAGCUACACCCUGACCAGAUAGAAAAUCAGCAAAAAAAUGAAACCAAACUGACAAAACAGAGGCAGGAGAAGUUAGCAUGUGAGACAGCUGAAAGGAGAAAUGAGCCUAAAAUACCAAAGCAGGCCGCACUAGAGAAGCUUAAAGCUGCAGUCAAAACAAUGGAGCAGCUUUAUGUUUUUGACAGAAAUGAGUGGAAACGUAAAACUCAAGCUCCACAAACAAUCAGAGAUAGCCAUGUAAUGUCGCUUAUUGCCAGGGAGGAGCAUGGAGUAGAGGAGCUGGACACUAUCAAUGACAGGACUCCUCAGGCUCAGGAAGAUAAAGGAGCUCUGAACAUCAUAAAUGUUCCAUAUGACGAUGAAUCGUUUAAAACACAACCACAGCUAAAUAAAACAUUUAGCAACAAACGUGUCCUUCAUUUGGGCAAUAAGCCACAGGUCAGCAUAAGUUCAGUUAGAAAACCUAUUCCACAGAGUUCUGCGCUGCAAACAUCAACUAUGAAAAGCUCCAACACACCAGUGGCUCCCUUCUCUGUGAAAAUAGAGCCUCCGAAACAUGGCCAGGUGGUACAGGGAAAGGUCAAAAUCAUUCCCACUAAUCCCAAUGUCGCACCAGCCUGCUCAGACUCUGAGAACUAUUUAACCAUCCCGGGGCUGGGGUAUAAGAAUGAGAUCAAACUGCUGAAUCGUGAGCCUGUUUCAAGGGAGACAGGUUCAAAUGUUAGCCAAAUCAAAACAAAGGACAGGAAGACACCUGAACAGAAAAGAUCUCCGUUAAUUAUGGAGUACCCGACUUCAAGCAUCUACCAUCACGCAGCCACAACAGGCCCUCAAGCACAGCAGCAGGUGUUGUGUUUCUCUCCAUCUGUCCCGACUGUGUCCCCUACAUCUUCUACAGGAGAGGCGCUCACCCAAACCCAGCGCAAGAUGCUUUUGGAUCCCACAACUGGACAUUAUUAUCUGGUGGAUACUCCUAUACAGGCCACCACAAAGAGACUAUUCGACCCUGAGACAGGCCAGUAUGUGGAUAUACCCAUGUCCCAUUCUCCUGUGGCACCUGUCAGCCCCGUGCCUCUCUCGUUGUCCCCCCUAGCCCUGAACCCAGGAGCAUUCGCCCCCACCUACAUGGUCUACCCAGGCUUCAUCCCCUCGCCCACUCUAACAGCCCAGGCGGUGUUGCCACAGUCACCAUGUCACUCUGAGUAUGCAGGUGGAGAAAAUGUAAAAAUCGCAAAAAGGCAUAUGCCAGAAAUGAAUCCAUCAGGCGCAGAGAGUGCGUAUUACAGUGCAACAGGUGUAGCAUCUCAGGUGCCACUGCAGCUUCCUGUAAGUUUGGGACAUGUGACCACUAGAGGUGGCACAGCUAGCUCAGACAGGAAGCCAGUUAUCAGCAUCACAACGCAACAAGGUCCAAGAAUCAUCGCACCACCCUCCUUUGAUGGAACAACGAUGAGCUUUGUAGUGGAGCAUCGGUGACCAAACAUCUCAUCAUACAUACAUCCACACCGAAGAAAUAUCCUUCAUUCAGCGUGAGGGCAGUUUUUACCCCAGCCGCCUGCGAUCUACUCCCCAGGACAACUUCCAGCCACAAACAUUUCUAUCCCCACUAUGCAGUGUUGUUUAUCUUUGAACUAGACAUUUCUGGACACUGUAUGCAUUGCAGCACUUUUUAGGGGUAAAUGCAAUAUGCCACGUACUCUGGCUUAUGCUCUGCCAUGUUGCUAUAUGUAUCUGCUUUGCAAUACUUUCCAUUCAGCUGCUGUCUAGAACUUUUGAAAUGCUGUUUGGGCCCUGCAACAUGUCUAUUCAAAAGGAAACAAGGCAGGCCUCUUUGAAAGAUCAGUGAUGUCAUUGGCCAAGCCUUUACUUCGUUAUUAUGAAUUUAAAGCAAAACUAUGUAACUUUAAAAGUGGAUCAUAUCCUUCACUUAAAUAUGAAAAGUAGUCAUCAUGAACAAUAAAUUCAAUCUUACUGAACACAAGCCGGUUUUGGGCUUGUAUGGCUUAAAGGCUCCCUGAAAGGUGAAGGCAGGUUUGAGGGGACUAAAAACACUGGAGCUUCAGUGAGCUUCUACGUUUAAGAGUUGGCGACAGAGAACAACUUUUUAUUAGCCUCAUAGAGGUUCUCCUGAACUGAAUGAAGAUCCAUCCAUUGAAGAAGCACAGUUAAAAGGCUUGGGGAAAGAAUUUCCACUUUGCUAACGGAGGUCACUGGUCAGUGGUGACUGACGUUAGCAUUCAUCCAUUGAGAAGAAUUCAAAAGAUAUGGCCUCAGGAUUGGAUCACUGCUUUUUGUGGAUCUGGUGGUUCUGCCGGCUUUAUCAGAAUGUGUUUUGCCAAUGGGGUUGGCCUUUGUCAGGGCUGCGUUUUGACCAUCCACCCUGUUUGUGAUACUCAUGGAUCUGAUGGCAUUUUAAGUUUGCAACAUUCAGCUCUCAAGGGAAUAGUUAGCAGUCAAGUGUGAAGCUUCUGGGAGGAGGAUUAGCACCUCUUAAUCUGAGGGAAUGAAUCUCUGCAGGAAAUGGGUAGACUGUUUCCUCAGACUAUUACUCUUUAAAAGUCUUAACCCCACUCUUUGUUUCUACUCUUACCUAUGGUCAUUAAGUGUGGGUCAAUACCGAAAGAACAAGAUCGCAUUUCCAAGAGAGUGGCUUGAUAAGGUGAGAUGUUCAGUAAUUCAGGAGGGAGUUUGAGUAGAGCCGCUGCUCUUUGCAAAGAAAUUAGCCAGUUGAGGAGGUUUGGGCACCUAGCAUGGAUGCUAUAUGGCCGCCUCCCUAGGGAGGUGUUCAAGGCAUGUCACGUUGAGAGGAGGCCGCUGGGCAGACCAAGGACCAGGUGGAGAAAUGAUAUUUCUGCACUGGCUUGGGGGAUGCCAUGGACUCCCACAGUCUAAGCUUUAGCAAUUCCAGAAUAAUGUGCCAUUAUUCUGGAAUUGCUUCUUGUGGCCACACGGGCCGCUACUUAUCAAAGGUUACAUAGUCUUGCUUUAUUUCGACAAUUUAUUUACUUAUGCUAAAUACAACCUACAAUAUUGAUCACCGUUUUCUAAGGAAAGGGACCAUUGGCCUGCAGUGAAUUUUAAAUGCAGAUUAAGAAGUAAUUAUCCCCCAAAGCUCACUCAGAGAAGGAAUUCAAAUAAUUGUAUAUGAAAAUAAUAUAUUUUAAUGAUGCCCCUCUUAAAUGGUAAAUAUAUUUGACAUAGCUAUGUAUCACAUUACUACUCUCCAACACUAAUUUUCCAUAUUCACUUGAACAUUUCCAUGUAUUUUAGAAAAGUCUGCCGUUCUACUUCACAACUCACGAAAUACUGUUUAUACUUGCACAAUUUGUAUGCUGUAAGAAGAAGUGAAUGUUGAUAUUUUAAUUAAUAUGUUUAGGGGGGGAAAAAACACCUUAAGUGUGUUGCUCGAAUAAAGCUGAGCUGAGACUGUAACAGUUUACUUAGGUCACUAUUUCCUUAGUAAUGUUGGGUCUAAAGUCAGCUGAAACAUAUAGGGGAUAACUUCCUCUAUUGGUGUUGGUUUAUUUUACACUUUUCUGUGUUACGAGACGGGAGUUUGUGCGUGUGCAUCUGAAUGUGUCCGUGUUCAUGGCUGUAAGUUAUGUAUGGCAUUUCAGUAUUCUGUGAGUGUACAACAAGGAGUCAUGUUACUUCACUGUAGACGACAGUGUACAGACUGCACAUGUGUUGGGUGUGUAUUUACACUUUAAACACAGCAAUGUCCGUUUCUCUGUUUUAACACCCUUGACCUCUAUAGUUUAAAUGUGUAUGAAUUGAGAUGGUAUACCAACUGAUGACAAACAUACUACUCAUGCUUUCUGUAUAGUGAGUCUGAGGUUAUUUUUGUAUCCUUUUUGUUUCCUUUUGAAUAAGCAGUGGGACAUUGUGCUAGACUCAGUUAUACCAGCAUCGAUCAAUGCAAACUGUAGAUUGCUAUUUUUUUAGCAUGUUUCGAAUCCAAACACACAUUAAAGGUAUUUGGAGCUGCUGGUCAGUCUAUGUACCUUGAUUCUGUAAAAUACAUGUGUUUAUGCGUCUGUGACAACAGACUUUAUAUAAAUUGCCCUAUGAGUUGAUUUAUUAUAUAAAUUCAUGCCGUGAUUUGAAAGAUCUGUUGACUGUGCAGUAGAUUGGACAUGGUUUGCUUUUUAGAGCAAGUUGAUGUUAAAACAUAUUUUGAGGUGAAAAGCAACUUAAACUCUACAUUUAAUUCAUUUUUCUUCUUAAUAUAUGUUAAAUAUAUGUUAUUUUACUUUUAAAUGAAUGUGCCCCUGAGGCAGUUGAGAGCAGUGCAGUAAUUGAAUUUGAUAUUAUGAAUCUGUUUUGUUGAAAUUUCUUUAAGAAAAGUCCAGCCAGAAAUGCCAAGUUUCCAAUUAAAAGAAAUAACAGGAAUUAUGAAGAAAUCAAAAUGAGAGAUAUGAUAUACUACCUCCUUUAAAUGUAUGUGUUUGAUGAGCAAGUUAUCCAAAUGUGGAAGAAAUUCUUAGGUGAUUUAUUGAAAGCACAUAUCAUUUUUAAACCCUGUGAAGACUAACAUAAAAACAAUUAUAUUAUAAUUUGUAAGUUAAAUUAAGCCAGUUAUUCUUAUUUUGUCAUGAACAUAAAAUCUUUAACCCACAUGUAUUCUAUUAGUUCCUUUUAAGACCUUUGUCUGUGAAUAAUAAUGUACUUAAUGCACUUGGAUUGUCACUCUUUUGACAUUCACUCACAGCAAUGAAUGGCUGUAAACUCUGGUGAUAGCAGGAGAACUAUAUGGAUUUGUUAAUUGUAAAAAUAAACAUUGUUUAUUGUUUAUGAUGAAUUUUGCCCAAAGAUGCACUGUAACAUACAUAAUAUAAUUUGUUUAAAAACAUUCUUCCAGAUGUCCCUUUAAAAAGUUUCUGACGUUAAAGUAGCAUAUUAUGAACUGACUUGAUGAAGCUUGACUUUUGAAAAAGAAAGAGCGUUAACAGGAGGUGCGAUGGUCUGAGAUAAGUGUGUUUAUGAAUGUUCAAAGAAAAAGGGCGUAUAUUUCAAUGAGAUGACUGAUGUCAACUGUGACUGCCCCAGGAAAAGACAGAGGUCAGGAUGACAGCGGAGAGAAGCCUUGAAAGGAGAAGAGAGUGCUGCGUUUGCACUUACAAGCUGGAAAGUAAUGAAUAUGAUGAAUGAGUGUAAUGUAGACUGACAAGCCUUCAUAUGUUUGCAAUAAAUUCUAAAUCGAG